AUGGAACGUCUCGUAAGAAGUUAUAUGGUUACUCCAAAUGAUGCUUCUGAAGAGUCUACUUCAAUUAUUUCUUCGAUCGUGCAAAGCAUGCAUAGCGGUCAAGUAUCGUUACUUGUAUUUGUUAAAUUUCUCGAGGAAUCUUUGACCAGUGAAGAUCCCUCAAUUCGCGCAAAAGGCACGGGGCUUUUAUCUGCUGUCUUGAAAGAAUGCCCUCAAGAACAAGUUAAUGUGGCAGCCGCAAAUGUGCUGGUAGAUUUCUAUUGCGAAAGAUUAUCCGAUGUAGCAAGCAUACCAGAACUUAUUCGUGGAUUGUCGUUGUUUGAGGUUACCUUUUGUUAUUUUCCCAUCACCUUCAAGCCACCACCUGAUGAUCCCUACAGAAUUACUGCAGAUGAUUUAAAAAUAGCCUUAAGGGAGUGUUUGUCAGCAACACCGCUUUUUGCUAAGAAUGUCAUGCCAUUAUUGUUGGAAAAACUGACAUCUACAUCUGGAAAUGCAAGGAGAGAUUCAAUAGAAACUUUGACAGCCUGUGCCCCUGUGUACGGAGUUGAUGCCAUCUUCCCUUUUAUUGACGAAUUGUGGGAAUAUCUUAGAGAUGAGAUACUAAACGCACCAGAUAACGCAAUCGAAUUAAUCGCUCUCGAAGCAAUUCGUAGUAUAGUAGUAACUUUGUCCGUUGGUGUCAUUGGGAGAUCAGAUCGCUUGGAGCAAUUUUUGAAGACUAUUGUUUCCGAAUGCAUGGAGAAUCUUAAAACACCAGAACUUAAGUUAUCUAAACCAAGUGGAAAGAUAUUAAAGUAUUGUGCGAUGGCUUCUGAUCCUUCCUUUAAUCUCAUCGUUCUCACGACAAUGCAUGGAUUGCUGGAUCAGUAUAGAAAUUGUGAUCUGACAACGAGAAAGAAAGGGAUAUUGGAGGUAUUGAUGGAAUAUAUUGACGCGGCUCGGCAUCUUUAUGGUUCGAUCGAAGACCCACAGGAUGAUCAAGUGCCAUACAAAGAUGAUCUUCUAGGAAUAUUUGGUCCAGCAUUAUUGGAGGUUAACGAGUAUAGCGAAUUACGGUUGUGCGGUCUACGUGGAUUAUAUGACAUGAUCUUAUUAAAUGAUUUUUUAUCAGAUAAUGAGAUCGGAAUUAUUUUACAAUACUUUAAUAAGAUUGUUCUUAAUGAUAGUGACCAGGACAUUGUAAAAAAGACCAUAAGCUCUCUUGAAAAUGCGGCUCGUUACAAAACAAAAAUUGUAUUAGAAGUUACUCUUCCGACGCUCGUUUCUCAGCUCCCUUCCAACGUCGAGGAAUUGAAUCUUUUUAACAUUCACGGUGCCAAGUACAUCAAUGCUCUCAAGGCACUUUCUGAAGUACCAAUUGAGCCUGUCUUAUUCGAAGCUCUAGUACCCGAAGUUCUAUUAAAGUUGGAUGGUCCUGAUUCGAGACAAUCUCAGAAAAACCUGACUUUAUUGUUUUCCUCGUCCGUUUGCUAUAUAAGACCCGAGGUUUCAUAUCCUGUACCAGAUAUUUCUGAAUUUUUGUCGAAGGUGAUGACCACUUCUUUGUUAUCCACAAAUGAAGAGCAACAACAUUCAUUAGCUCAAUUAGCCGCUUCGAUAAUGAAUAAAUGGAGCCAAGAGAGAGAAUUAGAGACCUUUGUACGGAAUAACAUACUCGGAGAAUUGACUAGUCAAUUAUCUUCUGAAUCUCAUAGAAAUGUGACAUUGUAUCAUUACCUUUGGUUAACAAAGGCCUUGGUACUUCGUACACACCCACUUGGACAUGAUUGCACAAACCAAAUAAUGAAUCUAUUCGAAGAUUCCAUUUUGGGAAGGAAAGCAUCAGAAGGAUUUGGCGUGAUCAUUGGCAAUAGUGAUAUUUUGAGCAAACAAAGCUUUUCUAUAAUAAAG